CUCCGGCCUCCUGCGGGUCACACAGCAGCGUUAUGGCGCCGGGAGGAGCGUUAGCUUCGGGACCAGUCGUCAUCUGAAAGCCCGGUGAUCCGGCAGGAUGAACCUCUGCGCCCAGUACCUGCGCCAGGCAGAGGCCCUGAAGGCUGACAUGACAGACUCUAACCUGGGGGCAGCAGAGGUCUGGACCUCCCGUCAGACCCUGCAGGACCUGUACCAGAAGAUGCUGGUCUCAGACCUGGAGUACGCUCUGGAUAAGAAGGUGGAGCAGGACCUGUGGAACCACGCCUUCAAGAACCAGAUCACCACGCUGCAGAGCCAGGCCAAGAACCGGGCCAACCCGAACCGGAGCGAGGUCCAGGCCAACCUGUCUCUGUUCCUGGAGGCGGCCAGCGGCUUCUACACCCAGCUGCUGCAGGAGCUCUGCACCGUCUUCAACGUGGACCUGCCCUGCCGGGUCAGCUCGUCCCAGCUGGGCAUCAUCAGCAGCACGCAGAGCGCAGGGGGCGGAGCCAUCGUCACGCCGCAGCCCAGCUCCUGCUCCUACAUCUGCCAGCACUGCCUGGUCCACCUGGGAGACAUCGCUCGCUACCGGAACCAGACCAGCCAGGCGGAGUCGUACUACCGACACGCAGCCCAGCUGGUCCCGUCCAACGGUCAGCCCUACAACCAGCUGGCCAUCCUGGCCUCGUCUAAAGGAGACCACCUGACCACCAUCUUCUACUACUGCCGCAGCAUCGCCGUCAAGUUCCCCUUCCCUGCUGCCUCCACCAACCUGCAGAAGGCCCUGUCCAAGGCCCUGGACAGUCGGGACGAGGUGAAGACCAAGUGGAGCGUGUCAGAUUUCAUCAGGGCCUUCAUCAAGUUCCAGGGCCACGUGUACCUGAGUAAGGGUCUGGACAAGCUGGACCCCCUGAGGGAGAAACUGGAGGAGCAGUUUCAGAGGCUGAUUGUGCAGAAAGCCUUCAGCUCUCAGCAGCUGGUCCACAUCACUGUCAUCAACCUGUUCGGUCUGCACCACCUGAGGGACCUGAGCCCCCCACAGCAGGACUUCAGCACUGACCAGCAGCUCAGCUGGUUCCAGCUGCUGGGCCUCUUCAUGUCCUUCCUGGGCGUGAUGUUCAGCAGAGUUCUGCUCAACAAGAACCGGGGCGAGGAGGUCAUGGGGGAGUGUCCUCUGCCGGCCGUCAAGCUGUCCCUGGACUGGAUCAAACUGAGACCCAGCAUCUUCCAGGAGCCCGCUGUGGAGGACAGGAAGUAUAUCUGGGCGUGGCUGGUGUCCAUCCUCAACAGCUUCCAGCCCAAAGAGGACGACGUGUCCUGCUCAGUGACGCCGCUGCCAGAGGAGUUCGAGCUGCAGGGCUUCCUGGCUCUGAGACCGGCUCUGAGGUGUCUGGACUUCACUAAAGGCCAUCAGGGGAUCCUGGUGGACCGGGACGGGUUGCUGGUUCCAGCCCGGCACCAGAGGCUCGUGGGUCUGGGGAAGUGGGUUUCAGACCAGCAGCCGGGGCUGAUCCGGUACCGGGUCGAGGAGGACGGCCUCCUGGUCUUCAUCACGGACAUCCCAGAGGAGGCCAUCGAGGAGGCGCAGGACAAGGAGGCGCCGGUCCUGCAGGAGUCCUCCAAUGGGGAGCAGAGCCAGAACGAGGGCGGGACCUCGGGCCUGAAGUCGGUCCUGUCGGCCGGGAAGAGUCCGGGCUCGUGGGCCGAGGGCUCGGACCGGCCCGUGGUCACCUUCAAGGAGAACAUCAAACCCAGAGAGCCGGGCCGAGACCCGCCCCGCACCCUGCAGAACCCCAAGGACCGCCGGGACCUCCUGAAGACCGGCGCUGCUGUGGGCGGGAAGGCGGAGCCAAAGAAGGACGGGAAGAGGAAGACCGAGAUGAAGAAGAGCGGACUGGACAAGACCCUGGAUCCUGGAAAACAGGUGAAGGUCCAGACGGAGCUGAGGAAGACUCCGGUCUCUGAGGUGAAGAAGACCCCGGUGACCCAGACCCAGACCACCUGCUCGUCCCAGUUCAUCCCCAUCCAUCACCCCGGAGCCUUCCCCCCGCUGCCCAGCAGACCUGGGUUCCCCCCCUCAGCCUACGUGAUCCAGUCCCCGGUGGCGUUCCCGGGUCUCCAGGUGAAUCCAGGGUUCACCUUCUCCACGGGAGUCUCGGUCCCCGGACCUUUCCUCCAGACCGCGGUCCACUCCCAGACCGGGUCCCAGGUCCAGGCUGGGAAGCAGUCUCACAUUCCCUACAGUCAGCAGAGACCCUCUGGACCCGGAUCCUCAGGCCCCGGGCCCAUGAGCCAGGUCCCGUCCCAGGCCCAGCAGCAGCCGGGUCAGCUGCAGGUCCAGGCCUUGGGUCCACAGCAGUCCCCCACAAAACCGGUCCAGCAGGUGGGGAUGGGGAAGAGUCCGCCUCACCAUCCGGGUCUGCAGCAGUUCCUGCAGGUCCAGGAUCAGCCGGCUCAGAUGUGGACCCAGGCCCAGGCGGCCCUGCAGAAGCUGUCCCCCCUGCAGAUGCCCCUGAAGCAGCAGCAGCAGUUCUACAUGGGGGGUCAGGACCCCCUGAAGCUGUACGAGCCCCCGCUGUCCAACAUGGACAAGAAGAUGAAGGUCCAGGACUUCUACUGGGACUCCUUCAUGGUGGGGGACAGUCUGGCCCUGAUGUCUGAGAGGAUGAAGAGACCCCCUCCAGGUGGGCUCUGUGCAGACCAGGAGGCUCCUGCUGGACCCCGUGGACCCACGUUUGAGGAGAACAAGUCCUCCCCCCUCCUCCCUCCUGAUCUCUUCAGGUCUCUGGCAGACUUUGAGGACGAGGAGCAGCUGUUUAAGCCUCCUGACUUCUUCCAGACCUUGACUGGUCCACUUAGUUCUGCUCCUGGACCAGAUCUGUUUCUGCCCAACCAGACGAGGAUGGACAGCAGCCCUGAGGUGGUCGGCCAAUCGUCUUCUCUGCUGCCGAUGACGGGUUUCCCCAUGCAGGAGUACAACCAGAACAGCAUCUUCAGUCAGGCUUACGGUAAAAACCUGCCCCCCAGCUCCAAACCCGACACCCCCAUGAUGCAGCAGGAGCCGUCCCUCUACUCCCUGUUCGAGGGGACCCCGUGGUCCCCCUCCCUCCCUGCCAGCUCAGACCACUCCACCCCGGCCAGCCAGUCCCCCCACUCCUCCAACCCCAGCAGCCUGCCCUCGUCCCCGCCCACACACAACCACGGGACCGUGCCCUUCUCCAACUUUGGGCCCAUUGGGACCCCGGACAACCGGGACCGCAGGCUGGUGGACCGCUGGAAGGCAGAGAAAUCCCCCGGAACAUUCGGUUUGGACUUCCUGCAGGCCGCCUCCUCCUCACCGUCUGACACCAGCUGGCACCAGGCUGGCUCCACGGGCAGCUCCUGGACCAAUCAGGAGUCUCCGAUGGAGGAGUCGUCCUACACCGUGCAGCUGGACAGCCUGAAGUCCAUCUGGUCCAGCUCCAUGAUGCAGCCGGGCCCGUCGGCGCUGGAGCAGCUCCUGCUGCAGCAGAAGCAGAAGCAGCAGCGAGGUCACGGCGCCAUGAACCCGCCUCACUGAACGGCAGCCCGACGCGGCGCUUUGAGUCGACGAACCACCGCCAGGAGGACCGGAGGUAAAACACCCAAAACAUCCAGACGUUUGUCCAGCUCCAACCAAACACACACGGUGGAGGCUGGGGAGGCCACGAGACCCCCCGACCAGGCUGAAUCACCACCCCCCCUCGGCUGUUCGAGGAGCGGGGACACGCCCCUCCUGAAUCGGAGGGGGCGGGAUCUCUUGAAGCGCGGGACCACGCACCGUGCUGCCGCCGGGGUCCCUUCAACCGGUGGAAAUCUGGACUUUGAGGACCCCCCUGGUUUUUGACAGACGCCACAUCAGAAAAUCUUCAUCUUUCUUUAAAAAAAAAAGGACCCCCGACCCGCUCGGUUCUGACGGAGUGGUGGCGGUUUGACAGGACGGUGUGGUGUUCAGGUUUCAGGGGGGAGGCCAGGUGGAGCUCGGGGGGGGACUUCCUGUUCACUGUCAUUACUGAGGAGGAGGAUGAAGGAUUUCAGCUCUAUAAAUAUUUACAUGAAUAUAUAUUUCCAUAGUUGAAGCGCGAGGUGGCUGAGGAAGAAGCUGAGACCCGGGCCGGUUUCCCGAAGCCGGGGGUCUCUCAGAUGGACCGUGGGGGUCUGAGGACAUCCUGCUGGUCUUAGUGUUCCUGUUAGCUUCAGAUAUUAAGAGAAAACAAACGUGUAUUUAGUGACUUCCUGGUAGCAGUUUUAGCUUCUGUUAGCUUCCUGCCUGAACAGCUGAAGGUGAAAACCUGCUUCUCUGUCCUGCUUUUUCACUUCCUGUUCCCUCCGUCCAAUCAGGACGCAGGAAUCCUCCCGCUCACUUCUGUUCUGUAACAAACAGCGGAGCUAAAAUAAACAUCUGGACGUUUAUUUCCCA